UGUUGUUAUCUCUGACUGAUGGCCAGUGUGUGUGAUCCUGAAGAGAGGAUCACUGUUCGAUGCCUCGUUUAGUUUGGAUUGUAGCUGAGUGCACGUCAAUAAAGUUGUCUGGGGGAAAAAAAGUGUUUGUGUUUAGUUCCGGGUCAGCUGCGAGACGGCGAGGAGAGGUCUCACUCCUACCUGUUUUGUCAAGGUGAAAUUUUAAUUGUCCGCAGCUUCACGAGAUUGUUUCACACCGAGAGUUCAUCUGUGUCUCUUGACAGCAAAUUGCUUCUUUGAUGUACUCACGGUUUGAUAGGUGAGAUCAACCAGUCGUUUUUAAUGCUGUAUUCACAUUCGCUUCACUAAUAUAAAGUGAAUGACACCAGCAAUUAUUAAAACUGGAUUUGCCUGACCGAGCCAUUCAUCAAGCCUUACGUAGACGAUCUUCGGCGGCACUGUUUUCUCUGACGCGGCGACGUGUCUGUCUCUCUGUCUGUCUCUCUGUCUGUCUGUGUGUCUGUCUGUGUUGGACCAAGUCUCCCCGCGCGUCUCCUGGACUCCACACCUCCGCAGCUCAAAGGAUGUUGAGUCCCUGAGGCCAGUUUGUAACAUGGACGAUGCCCCUUAGCCACUGCAAACAAAUAGUGUAGAACUUGCAACCCCCUCCUCCACUUAGACUGGAUGACAGGAGAUGAGACACCGCAGUCCCAGACCACACCAUGAGUAUCCAGAGCCUCGGAGGAGCUAUAGGAGAGUCCCUUGGCUCUAGCCUGACGGUACGCAUGAGUGGUGGGUGGAGUGCUCUCUCCCUGAAACCUGUGUCCUCCGGGCGGAUCGCAUCUCUGUUCCAGACCAUGGUCCCUACUAGCUACACGAAGCUGCAGGAGGAGCGGCUGGCCAUGGUGGACCUAGGAGUCAAAACUGACGCCAGCUCGCUCCAGAAUGGCUACAGACAAGAGGCGUCUCACAUCGAGAGCCGGCGGCACCAGGACCGGGCCUCUCGGUCCUCUGUGACCCUAUCUGACUGUGGAGACGGAGGCUUCUCUGAAACAGAGCCCAUGCUGGCUGAGAGGAGGCUCUCAGGAGAAGAGGCAGAUGAGGGGGAAGAGGAGGUAGAGGAAGGACCGGGAUCUGCUGGGCAGAAUAUGCCCAAGGAGUCACCGCUGGCCAUGGCACUGCAGAUCCUGUUGCCCUUCCUUCUCGCUGGAUUUGGAACUGUAUCAGCUGGGAUGGUGCUGGAUAUUGUGCAGCACUGGGAGGCGUUCCGGUAUAUCACAGAGAUCUUCAUCCUUGUACCUGCCCUGCUCGGCCUCAAAGGAAACCUGGAGAUGACUCUGGCCUCCAGGCUGUCCACUGCGGUGAAUGUGGGCAAGAUGGAUUCACCAAUUGAGAAGUGGAAUUUAAUCAUUGGUAACCUGGCACUGAAACAGGUUCAGGCCACUGUGGUGGGUUUCCUGGCAGCUGUAGCAGCUGUGGUUCUUGGUUGGAUCCCAGAGGGGAAGUUCCAGAUGAGCCACGCCGUGCUGCUGUGCUCUAGCAGCGUGGCUACAGCCUUCAUCGCGUCCCUGCUGCAGGGUAUCAUCAUGGUGGGUGUGAUCGUGGGUUCAAAAAAGACGGGCAUCAACCCAGACAAUGUAGCCACACCCAUUGCUGCCAGUUUUGGUGAUCUCAUAACCUUGGCGAUCCUGGCCUGGAUAAGUCAGGGCCUCUACAAGUGCCUGGAUUCCUAUCCGUAUGUGUCGUCACUGGUCUGCGCCUUCUUCAUGUGUCUCACUCCUCUGUGGAUCGUCAUCUCCUCCAAGCACCCGGCCAGCCGCACCCUGCUCCACUCCGGAUGGGAGCCAGUCAUCACUGCCAUGGUCAUCAGCAGCAUUGGAGGACUCAUCCUGGACAAAACAGUAUCUGACCCGAAUUUGGCUGGCAUCGUGGUGUACACCCCGGUCAUCAACGGUAUCGGGGGUAACCUGGUGGCAAUUCAGUCCAGCAGGAUCUCCACCCACCUGCAUUUCCACUGUGCUCCUGGGGAGGUUCCCGACGAGGCGAAGGGUUGCUACUACCCCUGCCGCACAUUUUGGGGUACAGGAGCCAAUCACAGGUCUGCGCAAGUGCUCCUUCUCUUGGUGAUUCCCGGUCACCUAAUCUUCCUCUACACCAUCCACCUGAUGAAGAGCGGCCACACGACUCUGACACCCAUCUUUAUGUCUGUCUACCUGGCUGCUGCUAUGCUGCAGGUGUUGCUGUUGUUGUGCAUUUCAGACUGGAUGGUGCACUCCAUGUGGCGGAGUGGCAAAGACCCAGACAGUUUUUCCAUCCCAUACCUGACCGCACUGGGUGACCUGCUGGGCACGGCCCUGCUGGCUCUAAGCUUCCACUUCCUGUGGCUCAUAGGAGACCAGGACAGCGACGUGGGUGACUGAGGCAACAGCGACAUGACAGAAACCCUACUGCCUGCCAGCUGACCUCUCAUGCCUUUAAGCCUUGUGGGAAUGUGGGUGCUCUCUGUCACUCGCCAGCACAUUCCUCCGCUUCCCGUAACGGAUGAAACUUCACUUAAACCGCAUUAUGGUUCAGAAACUAUUUUCUGCUCCUGGCUUUUUUUUCCUACACGCUAAAGACGUUAAAUUUACCUUAUAGACUGUUUUCAGUAGCAAUUCAAAUCUUUGUCAUUUGCACCAAAGCACAUGCAUAUUAUAUUGCUGGUUUUGUUUAGAAGACCAGGGAGACACCAGCUAAGAAAACCUAGUUGAUGUGUAAGUAUAAGCCAGAGGUCUUUUUCUAAAAAACAAUUUGGAAGGAAUACUUGUGGGGAUUCACCACCCACAGUGUCACAGAAUGUGUGUGUGUGUGUUAGUGAAGGGACACAAGUCUGUGGAGUUCAAGAAAAGUAGUCCGUUCUUAUUUAUCUGCAGAUGUUUUCUUUACAUCCCCCCUCCCACCACCACCACAUUUCUUACCUGCCUCUGGGGACCAUCAAGUAAAAUGACUUAAUUCCAGAUUCAAUCCAGCGAAUGAUGUUUACAUGGGAACAGGCACUGAAUGAAAUAAAUCGUAAAGAUAAAAGAAAUGAAUAAUAUUAAAGGGAAAUCUCAUUAAGUUUAGUUCAAAAUAAUCUUUGCAGCCAGACUGCCGAACCAGAGGGGCUGUCCCCCUGUGUGAAAAGCCAUUCAUGGAAGAUUUGAAUUGUUUGUUGUCGAAAAGUUUACAUUCCAUAUAGUUCUCUCAUCCCAAAAACCCUUUCUCCACAAACAGGUAUACAAGCAUCUGAUGAAGGUGUGUGUGUGUUGUGUGUGUGUGCGUGCAUGUUAUUACCUGUUUCAGGUUACCUAUGAUUAAAUUCCACUUCUCUAUUAGAGAAUCCAUCUUGCCCACAUUCACCUGUGUGGGGAGUAAAGACAGAAUAAUAAAAACCAAUAAGACGGAACUCAAACCACAACAGCCAUAAAAGGUGAGGUGCACAAAAGUAGACUCCACCCUGUGACUGCUACACACAAGGAGGACACGACGCUAGAGUUAGGGUAAAUGCAAAAAACCAUUUUAUUAACAGUAAAACAUAUUAAAUGAAACUAUGGGACUGUGAAGGCCUGGCCACAAAUACAACACAACAAUAAGAACACAUUAGCAAUAAAGAAAAAAUC